CGCUUCUUGUUGGACAGCUGUCCUGGGUCCAAGAGUCUUCUUUUUGAUAUAUUCGUUGAGUCUGCUGCUCAGACAGCACUUGAAAAUAUCGCUGACUUCUCUCUUCUAAUCUCCUGCUCAUCACGUUUCUUUGGAAAUGGAUGUCCGCAGCCUCCCUGA